CCGGUGUUUGUGCCGCGCUGUAGUGGUGGCUGCUGCGCGCGCGGUGGCUUAUUUUGUCCACGGCUCCGCGGCAGGUUGGUUUUUUAGCGUUGCGACGGCGAGGCCAGCCGUUCACGUGCGAGAAAGAGCGAGAGCUGCUCGAGAACGGGGGCCUCUUUUGCGGCGACGAAAGUAGACGAUAAGCGAACGAAAGAGCGUCUGCUGCAGCCACUCGCUUCUUUUUGUUUUACUUACCUGCGCGAAACUGAGUUUGUGAGGUUUCGUUGCCCGUGUGUGUGUGUGUGCUUUCAACGACGGUCGGUUCUUCGACUACGACCACGCAGAGACGGAUAGCUCGUGCUUAACCUACCGUGAUUGGCGCCCGUAGCAACCGCAGCUUGUUGGAACGCCGCAAGUGCUACGCUGGAAGCGGGAGUGUUUGGAUUGGUGCGUUUCGCCGUUGCCUCGGAGAGCCCCCAUCGGAUACCUCGAGCCGAACUCCACGCUACGGGCUUCAGCGAUGACGGCGCGGACAUGUCGCUGAGCGAGCGGCUGAAGCCCCGGCCGGCCGCGGACCCUGGCUCGGGCUCCGUGUUGGCCCGGAGCCGGUCGUUCGCGGGUCUCCUGCACGGCGGCCACCGGCGCACACCGAGCGCCGCCUCUUCCUCGGGAGGAGGACAGCCGCUGCACGGCGUCCCUGCCGAUGGCAGCCUGAGCAGCAGCAGCGGAGCAAGCUCGGGAUCGAGCACCCUCUCCAAGAGUUCAGUGCUAGGCCAACACCAUAGUCCGCAUGCACCUCGACGCAUCCUCCAAGGCAUUUCCUCAACGUGGUCUGGGAAACCACCCAGGUCUCCGCGGCCGGCCAGGACUCUGCUCAUCUUCAACGCCGUGGAAAGGGGUCUCAGGGAAUGUGUCAGUUUAGCGCAGGAGGACAUUCUCAGCUUGAGAUCCUCUGUGGAUAAUCUGUCACUCUCCUCAUCGCAGUCUCAGGGAAAACUUUACGAUUGCGAGAAGCAAUUGAAGGCAGCUGAGAGAUACCUCAAGCGAAUUGAGUUCCAGCUUUCCAAGGUGGAGGAGUUGCGCGAGCAUUACGAGGUGCAGCAGAGGAUGCGUGAUGGCGUGCGUAGCAUGGCGUAUGCCUACGUUCUGUCUCCUGGGUGUGAGAAGGACAACGCUUUGCAUGGUGUCCGCUCCGGGUACCGGGAGUGUGUUGACACUCUCUGCGUUCUGGAAGCCCACCUGGAGCAACUUAUGGGCACCCUGCAAUUUCAGAUGCGUGGAAUCCAGGGUUUUGCACGUCUCUGUGCUGGGGACGUCUUUGAGAUAAGUGUCAAGCACGGAGACCAGAAGUGGAAGUCACGGGGUAGGGUUCAGAAAAAUGGCCAGCAGGUCUGGGACAACCAGCAAGUCAUCAUGAAGGCCCUGCUGGGCGAAUUCCUCUUCAUCAAGGCAGUCGAAGUGCGUGGCCUUGGAAAGAACAUGCUUUUGGGCAACAAGUCCUGCGAGAUCAAGGAACUGUUCAGCUCUCAUUCACAGCUGAUGACCAUAAACCUCAACUCAAGUGGAUCGCUCAAGCUCAAUCUGGUCAUCACAUGGAAUCCUCUCCAUGGCUGCAUGGAAGAUAAUCUCUCUGGCAGCAAGCAGUCACCUCCAGUGCUUAGUGUGAUGAGCUCUCCCUUCUCAAGGCGGCGUGGGACAUCACCAUUCAGGGGGGACACCAUCCUUGAAAGGACAGGGAGCAUGGUGCAUGAACUGGAGACGGGGCAGCGUGACUGGCGGCCUCAGGUGACUGAGUGGGAGGGGCCUCGGAGAAGGAUGACCCCGCAAGGUAGCAGUCCUGGUGGCAGCCUAGGAUCGGCUGGAAGCAUGUCUGCACCCAGCUCGACUCUGACCAGCCCGAACGAGGAAUUCCCGCGAGCAGCUGCUGGUCAAACUCUUCUUGUCAACUCGUACGUUCACAACAGGCCACAGAGCCCUACGUUAAGGGCUGUGGAAACUACAACUUCUCAGAGGUGGUCAAGCAUGGGUGGUGACAGUGGCUCGGACUGCUGCAGCAGCCUCGACUUGGCCGAAUGUGGUGGAAACGUGUCUCCACCUUCGACGGCACAGUCACCGCUGCGUGAGGCCGUUCAGGGCCUGAGCUCCUGCCUCGAAGACAUCCAAGGCCACUACCCCGAGCUUCACUCACUUGAACAGAGCAUCGCCGAGCUGGAUCGCAUGCUUCGGAAACGAAGCCAUCACCGACGUGGAUCCACAGGCUCAAACGUGAGCAUCUCCGUUGAGAGUGCACUUGGCUGUUUCGACUUCCUCGACAGCGAAGAAACAGAGUCUUCCGAGAGCAGUCCUGUUAGGCAAAGUCCCUACAAGAGCCGGGAGACCAAGAAUGGUGGAACAGCAGACUCCGGUGUUGCACUGCUCAAGGAUCGCAAGAGUCCCAUCAGUGGCGGAUCCACACCGAGCCCAGUCACAGUCUCUACCGGCUCGGAUCAGCUGGACUGUGUCAUCGCUGUGCAUUGUCGCUACUGCAUUCGUCUAGUUGAGAGCUUGGGCACCUUUGGACCGCUCCGGUGUCGGGAGAGGACCUCUAUAGAAAAACUGCAGCACCAGUCUAGGCUUUUGUACAAGUUGCUGCGUGUGGCAAACAGAUUUGCUGAAGAUAGGAGGCAACUUUAUGGAUCUCAACUUGUUGAGGAGGACGACAUUGGUCACUUGUGGUGUCAGAUGGGCACCAACGAUGGCCUAGUCACAACCUUGACAAGGCUGCGUGACCCACUGGCCCGGCUCGUCCGCUCCCGCCUGAACAAUGGAGCCGUUUCUGAAAGAGUGGUGCUAGUGGUGCUACAGAAAAUGCUGGAUGUCACAAGACUGGAGCCUGACAUGCUGGUGACGGUGCUGCAGUUCCAGACAUACUUUGCCCAGCUGGGCAGCACACUUUUCAUGGAUCACGUGGAGCAGUUGGAAGCCGAGUUGAAGGUCCUUGACUCACUGUCCUCGCGUGAGCUACCCAUUGUGAAGAGGACACUGUCAGCACUAAAGAAUGUAGUGCCUACCAAGGAGCUGGUAUUUGCUGUUUCUCAAAUUCUGGUCUGCGGGGAUCGCCAGCUCUCGAAUCUAGCAGAACAAUACCUGAAGGCAGCAGCGAAAGUCACUUCCAAAGCUCAGAUCUGUGCGCUGCUGGUUGAAGGAUUGGAGGCUGAUGCUGCACUCACAAGGCAGGGAUGCUGCAGGGCCCUGUCUUUUCUACAAGCUCAGGAGUACAUGGAGGAGUUGGUGCACCUCUCCUAUGCAGACGAAGUGGCCAAAGUGCGACAACAAGCCAAAGAAGCACUGUUCUCGUUCGGAGAAGACGGGCGAAGGGAGUUCCAGCAGUCCCAGUUGGUUGCACACGGUUUCCAGGGUCUGACCGUCAAGUAGAGCUCUGUCAGCAGUAGCCUAGACCUCCACGAACAAAUGUGUGCUUGAAGAGCGUCUAUAUUUUGACACCCCUCUCCUCCCUUCCAAACACCCAUGCAUGCUCUCUAGUGAUUCCAGCUUCCAGUACUUAAGACCAAGCAAACCACUCGACCCGCAGUGUGAGGCCAAGACAUUGUUUCAUUUUGCGGCUGGUCGUGUAGGCAUCUGCCAGGCUACGAUCGAGCCUUUGUUUUUGAGUUCCUGUUUAUUUGCUGCUGCUGCUUUUGUAAAUAAUAUCAAGAUAUUCAGUGAGAGUUAUUUUAUUUCAGGUGUUUCAUGUUUUCUUUUUUAAUUUUUAAGCUGAUCAUGCUGGUUUCAUCUGAUGUUUAUUUACAGACUUUUUCUUUUCUAGGCGUUUUCGAUUCUUUCUCAUCAAGCAGCGCAGCUGUGCUGCACAGCCAUGUCUCUUUUCUUUGUUUUUAAGCUUUUCUUAUUUUUCAUAAUUUCUGUGAGAAAAGGUGAAGAGGAAGCUUUCACUCAGGGUCAACUCUGAUUUUCACAUGCAGAUACGUGCAGAGCACAGAAGUGCUCAGAUUAGGCUACUGGCAUUUUGAAUGAAAUUAAUCGAAAUUAAUCACCAAAUGUAGCAAGUUCAAAAUUAUGAAUCAUGUGGAUCUAAAAGUGCAGCUUACUCAAUUGGGAUAUCAUCUUUCACUGCAGAGUUGAGUUGCAAGCAUGAUGCCUUAGUUAAAUAUUCUGGUUUUUCAUCACUUUUUUUUUGUAAAGAAAUAGUUGAUAGCCUGAAUCAUCUGCACUUUACAGCUACUAUAGUCGGGUACAACUUAAGAAGUCAGGAAAGGUCCCGCCCACACGGCCGAAGUGAUUCAGCUGAUAACUUCCCCGACUAAAGAAAUAGCCCCACUCAUGCACUCGGCAAUGUUCUCCGAAGGCGGGGUCACCAGCCGUCCGGCUCAUGACGUCAGUCCGAAGUGCACGCCCAUUGGCGCAGGCUUGCGUGCAUCCGCCUUUGAGGAGGAAAUGCCGCGGACUUCUAAAGUUGUAUUCAACUAUAGAUUUUAGUUAUAUUUCUUUUGUGUGAUGGCCAAGAAGAUUUUUAUUCGAGUGUAUUUUAUAAGAGCAUGCGACGUGAGGCUUCCUCUUAAAAUACUGUGCUUAUUGUCGGGUGUGCCUGCAUUGCUCCAUGCAUAUCACUUGAGCGAAGCUACGUGAGAGUUGACAGCAUGCUCAUAUUGAUGACGCAUGUUUGCAAGCUUGCCAGCGUGCCAUGUUGCUAACGGGAAUCGACAGUGCAAUGGCUAUCCUGUUCCGAUGACUGAUCGAAGCACUACUAGUAGUACUUUCUCUGACCAGCGCCACCCAUGCAGUCUAGUCAGCAAAGUUGGUUGUUUGUUAUCAUUCCAGAGAGACGAAGAAAAGUCAGCGAAAUGUUUCUUUAUUAGCGUCGAGAGAUGUUCCAACCCCACUCCCGCCCCAACUUUUUUUUUUCUGUUGCCACUAAGAUGAAGCAUCUGCCAAAUCCUCGAGACUUGAGUGCUGGUUUUUAAUAAACAAGUUAUUGCAUG